CGGAGCACGUCAGCGAGACGCCGCGCGUGACGGCGGCCCCCAUUCCUCGCGCUGGCGGUUGAGUUUAGGGGGUGCGAGGGAGGUUUCCCGUCCCAGUCCCGUUACCAGCCCGUGGCGGGCCCGGCCGGCGGGGACAGGAUGCCGGGGGAGUGGGCAGAAGCUCCACAAAUGACUGAAACCUCCUUUCUGCCUGGACAUUGAGCCGAAGAAUUUCAUCAUGGGUCAACAGAUUUCAAACCAGACACAUACUGCUAUUAACAAGCUGCCAGAAAAAGUAAUAAAACAUGCAUCUUUGGUUCGAGAAAGUGGCUUUCUGACUUAUGAAGAGUUUCUGGGGAGAGUAGCUGAACUUAAUGAUGUCACUGCAAAGUUGGCUUCUGGCCAGGACAAACAUCUGUUGUUUGAAGUGCAGCCAGGUUCUGAUUCCUCUGCUCUUUGGAAGGUGGUGGUUCGGAUAGUCUGUACUAAGAUAAACAAAACAAGUGGCAUUGUAGAAGCUUCAAGAAUUAUGAACUUAUAUCAGUUUAUUCAGCUUUAUAAAGACAUCACAAGUCAAGCAACAGGAGUUCUUGCACAGAGCAGUGCCUCUGAAGGGACUGCUGCAAGUCUGUCAUCUGUGUCAUCUUGCCAGGCCAGCUUAUGGAUGGGAAGGGUUAAACAGCUGACUGAGGAGGAGGAAUGUUGCAUCUGCAUGGAUGGACGUGCUGAUUUGAUCCUACCAUGUGCUCACAGCUUUUGUCAGAAAUGCAUUGAUAAAUGGAGUGAUCGCCACAGGAACUGUCCUAUCUGCCGUCUACAAGUGACUGGGACAAAUGAUUCUUGGGUGGUGUCAGAUGCACCUACAGAAGAUGACAUUGCUAGCUAUAUACUCAACAUGGUAGAUGAGGCAGGCCAGCCUCACAGACCAUGAUGUUGAUGACUACUGAUAGAAGUACUUGAAAGUUCAUUGUCAUGAACAUCUACUUUUUCUCCUCAUUCCCAUUCAUCCAUACUUCAUUUCAUUUAGGUGUCUCUAUUCUUUUAAAACAGGGAAUAUGAGCUAAUAUGUCUGGGUGCAUUCUUAAACUUUUAAUAUGUAGCUUCAUUAAAUGCUCUAAACUGUUAGUGAUUUAACGCUUGUAAAGUUUACUUUAACAAUCUUUUCUGACAAGAUUAAGAGCCACUGGAAUAAUUUUAUUAGUAUUAAUUAUAACAUAAUAGCAUUGUGCACCAGCUUUUUGAACACCACAAAUGGAAUUUUAUUAUAGAAGAUGCAGUGUCUUAUUAUUAAAGGGCCUGCCCUGCAGCCUGUUUCCUCAUAAGUAAUCCAUUGUCACACAGCUAGUCCCACUGACUUCAGUGGGAUGACUUACAGGAAUAAAGAUUGUUAACAUGAGUUAGGAUUACACAAUUAUAACUAAACUGUGAAGUUUUAUUGCUGAAAUUUGAGAAGCAUCUUUUGCCCCUUCCCUCACCCAUGGUCAUUUUUUCUGUUUAGUAUUUAUAUGUUUUGAGUUAAACCAGUAGUAAUUUUUAGCAUAGAAAACUGUUUUAAAUCUAUUCUCAGAGAUUACAGAAACCAGCUGCGUCAACAUGUGUUUUCCCUUUUUCCUAGCAGAGUAAACCUUUAAGAAGGCUGUUUUAUCUGAUUUCUAAAGUUUCAUAGCUAACAAAACUAUGCUAAAUAGCUUCACACACAGGGCCUAAGGUUAAAACAAUAUAUUUCCAUAGCGUUUUGAUGAGCAACAGCCAAAAAUUGUCUUAUGCAUUAAGCAUAUCUGAAAAGAACUCACUUUGCUGAAAGGCACUGUACAGUAACUGUCAUGGUUUUGUUUAGUCCUGAUGCUUUUGGCUUUCUCCAUUUUUCCUGAGUUUUCAGAGUCACAACAUUAUGCAUACUUUAAAAAAAAAAAAAAAAGUGAUAAGCUAAACUGGUGCUGUACUUUAUUUCUACAAGUGCAAUAUGCCUUUCUGUAGCACAGAAACUUCUGCUUUGAUAACAAUAGCUUCAUUUUGCUUCCAAUAGAAUGUACAGCCCUGAAAAUCUGGUGAAAAGGAAGUUAUGAGAGUUCACCAAGAUACUUCUGUAGUGUUUUUGCACUAAAAUAUUUAAAUUUAUAUUU